AUGGCAGAAUGGCGUCGGGAAUACAUCGCUGCGGAGAGCGAUCGCUUCGCGGUGGGAAUCUCGGAGCUGCUUCCCGCUCUCGAAGCCGACCAGCUUGAUACCGACGCGAUUGAACGCCGCGUCCAACAGCUGGCCGAUGGGGCCAGUAUUUCAAAGGGAUUUUGCGCAAGCUGCCGCAAUCUAUUCACUCACUGGCCUGCCCUCGACGAAAAGGAAUGGGACUCCGCCGUUCUGAGAUACUUCGACACGGAGGAGGUAGAAGCCUUCUCCCGCGCCGGAUGCAAGUUCUGCGCCUUCAUCAUGGGCAGGUUCCAGCACCACGAAGGACUCCUUGAUAGAUUCCGCAAGAUUGAGGCAAGGCUCUCUGUGGGGAACGCCUCUGCCAAGUGUUCAUUGGCUGUUCAGAAUAUCGGCGAGGGCAUCGGAGAGGACGCGACGAGCCAGGCGCUCUGGGUGAACAUGCCUGGAAAAGAAGUCUCACAUUGUAACUACGCUUGUGACCAAGAGCUGGCUGAUUUUGUAUCCGAGAUUCUUCCCAAAGAUGCGACACUUUGGGACGGAGAUAUUGAGUCCUUGGACCUUGUCAAAACGUGGCUCUCUGAUUGCGAUGAGUCUCACAAAAAGGAGUGCAGCAGCCGCAAGCCGCUAGAUGGGCCAGGCCGGCUUAUUUUGAUUGAAGACGACUCGGUCAAGUUGGUCGAGACGGCAUCGCUAGACAGCCUUCCCCAGUACGCUACUCUGACGUACUGCUGGGGAAAAGUCCCCUUUCUCAAACUGACACGAGAUACAUACGCCGAGUUUCUGGCCGGUAUUUCGCUUGACCGCCUGCCACAGACAUUCCAAGACGCCAUCAUAGUUGCAAGACGCCUGGGACUAUCGCACAUCUGGAUCGAUGCCCUCUGUAUUAUACAAGAGGAGCCUGGCAACAAGGACUGGCUGAAAGAAUCAGGCCUAAUGAGGUCAGUGUACGGGGGUUCGCAUGUCACCCUUGCAGCAAGUUCGGCGACCGAAGUCAGUCAAGGCUUCCUAUCAUCUGCCUUGUCUCCCAAGUAUCAAGGUGGCUUCUAUGCGCAGGUAUCCAGUCAGAAGUACACCCGAAAGCAGAACUUUCAUAGCGCUGCAGUGUUUUUCGAAUCUCUUCUGCAGACCCCCCUGGCUAGGCGUGCCUGGGCUAUGCAGGAGAGGCUUCUUUCGCGCCGCACCGUCUUGUUCAGUGAAUACGGCGUCUUUUGGCAGUGCCAUUCUACAUCCCGAUCCGAAUUUAUCCCCGGCGGGUUUAGUGGACAUCCAGGACCGACCCUCAUGUUUUCGGAUGAAGAGCCGCUGCCAUGGUUGGACGUUAUGUGCCAGUACUCCGAGGCCAAGCUCACAUAUCCAUCUGAUCGACUGCCCGCGCUAUCUGGUAUCGCAGCACGCCAGCACGAGAUUACUGGAGAUAAAUACUUGGCGGGUUUGUGGGAGAAAGAUUUGAUCCCCUCUCUGCUGUGGUUUAGCCUGGAUGCUACCGAAACGACGGAGCGGCGUGCGUGCAGCUGGACCUGGGCUUCCAUCGAUGGACCAUGCAGCGUCAAGGAAUUCACCGAGAAGGGCGGAACGCCGCAAGUAAGACUUCUGGAAUCGUGGACGAAGCUCCUUGGACCAGACCCCUUUGGCCCAGUCACGGACGGUGAAAUCACACUGGCCUGCCAGUCUCUUAUACCUGCCACCCUUGACCGUGAGGGGUCACAGAGCAACGAUGUCGGCUCUGACUGCCCCGAGACGCCCGAAACUAAGAAGGUGCCAUCGGUAGCCAUUGAGAAAUCCGGUCUACAGCCAUUCCCGGUUUCGUUGGAUUGUAUUGAACAAGAAGCAGCCAAGAACGAGCCCGUAUACCUUCUUCCCAUCAUGGCCGGUCGUGUAUCUAUGUAUGUCGAUGAAACCGAUGAGAUGAAUUGCCAGAACCCAAACGUCGAGUUUGCUGGCCUUGUCCUUAGGUCUGUUGACAACACGCCAGGCCAUUUUGUCCGUCUCGGUAUUUUUGGCUUUUCAAACAAAUCGUGGGAGCCUGGAAUGGAGGGAAGAGAUUUGCAUGCCGAAUUUAGUGGCAUUCUGGAGGAACGGGGUGAGGAGACAGCCAAGUCGGUUUGCUUGGAGACGAACGAAAGUGCGGACUAUCCGCAGCAGCAAUUUGUGAUCAAGAUCAAGUGA